AAUUUAUGGACACUAAUGUAUUAUAUAUGUAAAUAAUCCAGCGGCCCGUGGUGCAAAAUAAAAGGUUGUAGACCACUGUUUUAGGCUGUGAUUUAAUAGAUAUUUGGCUGCUGUUUCAAGCAGGUCAGGCAACCGCGUAACGGGACUCCCUCGUCGUUGAUCGUGGGUAGUAAGCAUUAGCAAUGUGCAAAGUGGGACUAAAAGUACUUCCUGUUUGCCUUACCGACGACGCUCUCCCGAAUAUCUACUUCCUGUUUGCCUUACCGACGCCACACUUCUGACUGAAAUAGACAUUAGUUAUUCAUUUCCACUGUCAGUUCUUACUAGCAGAAAGCUUUCUUUCUGGAUUAACAACCGAACGGGGAAAUUGCCCAGCAGUUUCAGUUACCUGAACGGCAAGCUAAGGUAAAUCAAUUGAUCAAAGUAAUGGAUCAGUCAUCAGACGACCCUUCUCAGUUGGAGGAUGAUGAUGACACCCCAGCUGUAUAUUGCAUUUGCAGAACGACUGAUUGUUCGCGUUUCAUGAUUGGCUGUGAUAAGUGCAAUGAAUGGUAUCAUGGAGACUGUAUUAAUGUCACACAGAGUGAAGCCAAAGUGAUCAAACAAUUCUUCUGUGAGGCUUGCAGAGAGAAUGAUAAAACACUGGAGAUACAGUACAAAGCCAAGAAAGUUAUGAGAGACAAGAAGUAUCAAGCAAGCGAUUCUAGUGAUACAGAGAAACAUCAAAAAGAAAUACCACAAAAGAAAGACAAAGACAAAACUAAACAGAAGAAAAAGUCAUCUCGGCGGUGUGGAGAAUGUAUAUCAUGUCAUCGACAAGAAGAUUGCAGCCGUUGUGAUUUCUGCAAGGACAUGAAAAAAUUUGGUGGUCCAAACAAAAUUCGUCAGAAAUGCCGUCUUCGACAGUGCCUCAAUUUUGGUCUCAUUUUAUCAGGUCAGAAAUGGAAACUGCGACCAGAAGAGAAAGAAAGAGAUAACCGUGGUCUUAUCUCUGCCACAGAGUCAGUUGAUAUACAGAUGGAAGGUUUGAGAGGUUUGCCAGAACAAGAAGGUCUGCCAGAGGUCAAGAAAGUUAGAAGGGCAAAGAGAAAAUCCUUGAAGGAAACCAAUAUUACAAGAAAGUCAAGGAAGCAUUCUUUACCUCCUGGUAGGAAAUCGAGAAACAAGAUAGACAAACAUGGAGAUGUUGAGGAUAAGCAGUGUGUGGAGAAAUCUGAAGUAGAAGUGCCUCGUCAAUGUUUUGGUGCUAACUGUAUACAACACGCCCUUCAAAACUCUAAAUACUGUUCUGAAGAUUGUGGUAUGAAGAUGGCUAGAAGCCGGUUAUGUGAACUGUUACCACGUAAAAUUCAACAAUGGCAGAGCAAUCCUUGUGUAGCAGAAGAAUAUAAUAAGAAAUCAUUAGAACGCAUUCGACGCCAACAGCUUGUGUGCCGGCAAUAUUUGAAUGACCUGGAUCUGAAAUUGAGAGAACUUGAAGAACUUAUAGACAGAGCGAAACGUACAACAAUUAUAAAUUAUGACCAAGAAGACGAUGAUGAAGGUGAAUUGAGUAUGUACUGUGUAACAUGUGGCAGUGAAAUCCAGCAGAAGGGUGCCCUGCGGCACAUGGAAAAGUGCUUUGCCAAGUUUGAAGCCCAAACUGUAUUUGGUUCCUACUACAAGACACCUGUUGAUGGUUGCUCUAUGUUUUGUGAUGCCUACAACCAUCAACAGAAAACCUACUGUAAAAGGUUGAAAGUACUCUGUCCUGAACAUACGAGGGAGCCAAAAGUCAGCAAUGAUGAAGUCUGCGGUUGCCCUCUCCUCUCCAACGUCUUUGUAGAAAAUGGAGAUUUCUGCCGAAUGCCAAAACGCAAAUGCAACAAACAUUAUUGUUGGGAAAAACUACGUCGUGCACAGAUAGACAUGGAAAGAGUGCGUCAAUGGAUGAAGUUGGAUGAGCUGAUGGAACAAGAAAGAAACAUUCGCAUUGCCAUGUCGAACCGAGUGGGUGUCCUGGGUUUGUUGCUCCACCAGACUGUUGACCACGACCCCCUGACUCCCAUUAAAGCUCCAAUUUUAGUAGAAUGAAAAUGACCCCUCUUCCAAAAUAUCACCUACUCAUACACAGAUAUUUCAUAUUUCCCCGCAUUUCUCCUUCAUUGAAGACUUCACCACUCAUUCUUUGUGUGUGUGUAUAUAUAUGUAUAUACACACACACACAUACCUUUCUUCUGUCUCUCAUUCUAUGUAUGUGUGUGUGUGUAUAUAUAUGUAUAUAUAUAUAUAUAUAUAUAUAUAUAUAUGUGUGUGUGUGUGUGUGUGUGUGUGUAUGUAUGUAUGUAUGAUUUCAUAAGAAUUCAGAAACUUUGAGAGAAGUGAAAUAAAUUGCUUUUUUUUUUUUUUUAAUGCUGGAACUCGAAGUAGAUAAAGCUAUAAACAAUAGUUUAAAUACUGGAUUGAAAAAACCCCCCCUGCGAUGGAAAAAAUCGAAGGCGCUUUUUAACCUAAUAUUACAAGCUAUUACCUAUAGCUUUAUCUGCUUUGAGUUCCACUUUUGUUCGCACUGUUUACAUAAACAUAUUCAUAUAUGAAAAAUCGUGACUUUCAGUACUGGCUCUGAAUUGUAUGGAAAAUCUGUAGAGAUAAACUUAAAAAUGAAAACAUUGCACUGCUAACACAAAAGGCAUAAUAUUGAUUCAUAAACUUUUAAUGAAAUUUGUUGUAUAUUAUGGUUGUAAAAUGAAAUACUGUAUCCUUGCCAGUAAUUAAUAUACUUACGUGUGUAUAUGUAAGUAUAUAAUUCAUUUGAAGGUAAUGAUUAAUUCUGUUGCUAUGCCGAGUUUUUAAACAUCUCUGUGUUCAUUCAGGUACCUGACUGGACACAAAACAAUGAGAGAAGUAAAAAAAUAUGGAAGCUGCAAAGGAACAAAGCAGUGAAUCAUCUGCUACAAAUCAUCAUCAUCAUCAUCAUUUAACGUCCGUUUUCCAUGCUGGCAUGAAUUGGACGGUUCGACUGGGGUCUGGGAAGCCAGGAGGCGGCACCAGGCCCCAAUCUGAUAUGGCAGUGUUUCUACAGCUGGAUGCCCUUCCUAAUGCCAACCACUUUACAGAGUGUACUGGGUGCUUUUUACGUGCCACUGGCACAAGGAGCCAUAGGAGCAGGUAUCAACCAUGAUCGGAUGGUGCUUUUUUAUGUGCCACCGGCAUGGAAGCCAGUCAAGGUGGCACUGGCAUCGGCCACGUUUGGAUGGUGCUUUUUACAUGCUACUGGUACAGGGCUCACAACUACAA